AGGAGCGAACUUAGCUCCGUCCGCGUACAUGUUCAAAUUAAAAGAGCGGUUGUUAAACUGUAUACACAUAUUAUACUUAUUAUUAUUACUACAAUAAUACUCGAUAUAUAUCAGUAAUUUAAAUUUAUAAAUUAUUAUUAUUAUAAUUAUUUUAUUAAUUAAUUAAUUAAUAUAUAUAAAGUGUAUACGAGUUUUAUUUAAAAUUAAUAAUAAUGAAGAAAUAUAAAAAAAUAAAUUCAAAAAAUAAAAAGUGAAAAUGGAGAUUGUGAAGUAGUGAUUUAUGUGAAACAAGGAAUUAAUCACAAGUGUUUCAAAUAUUUAAAUUUGUUUUGGUUAAAUGAUUAUUAUUAAAAAAAAAAGUAAAGUGAUUAAUUAUUAUUUAAAAUUGGAAUACGGGGUUACAAAGUGUUUUUUAUGGUUAGAACGUAAUAAAUUGUGGUAAUGGUGAUUUAUAAUAAUAAUAAUAAUAAUAAUAAUAAUAAUAAUAAUAAUGAUUAUUAUGGUGGUGUGGGAUAUAAGAUUGGGGUUAAUUAGAUUUUGAGUGUAAAUUGUACCAUGUGGCAUUCAGCAACUGUUAAAAUUGCUGAUGCUGCUGCUAAUAUCAGUGGUGUAUUCUUCUUUAUAUUAUUAUUAUUAUUUGUUGAUAAUUAUUUAAUAAAUGCGACCGCGGUUCUACUUUGUCGCGAGCGCAUUAUUAAUCAUUUAGUUUUUUUAUUAAAUAUUAUUUUUGUGAUUUACUGCAAAUAUUUAUCCUACAAUAUUAAUAAUAAUAAUAACAAAUAUAAAAUUUUAAACAAGAGCUACGGUAAUCAGCCCCGUUUUAUUAUGGGGUCAUCACCUUUUACCAUCAUCAAGUGAUUAAUUGUGACCAGUGUUGAUUGAUUGCUUAGUGGUGAUACAGAGAAAAUAAAAGAGAAAUAAAUUUAUUUAUAUGGAAUAAGAGUUUUAUUCUCUUGCUUUGCCAAUAGCAUUUUUUAUCAGUGCUUUGUACGUAAAAUUAAAACCAAGAUAAAAGUAAAACCCGAUUAAAAAAGUUAACGCGUGUGUUUGUUACGAGCAAGUGAAAUAUUAAUGGUCUGUAGCCUUAAUCACUUGUCCACUUGAAGUGUGUGUUUUUAUUAAUUAUUUUUUAAUUUUAUUUUUAAAAUAAAUUUGUGGUGAAAAAAGUGUGCCUGUGAAAAUAUAUAUAAUCAAAUAUAUUUAUUGAUUUAUAUAUUGGUUUGAAGUUGUGUGUCGUUGUACAGUGCCGCAAAACGAUAACACAACAUCCGAUCCCAAAUGAAGAGUUCGGAGCAAAAUGGUUAGAGAGACACGUCACCUGUGGGUUGGAAAUCUGCCGGAAAACAUCCGAGAGGAUCGCAUAAGAGAGCAUUUCAAACGGUAUGGACGCGUGCAGAGCGUCAAGUUGUUGCCCCGGGGCGAGGAGUGCCCCGUGGACGGAGGCUCCGCAGGUUCACUCGGCGAGGGAAGUGAGGGUGGCUCUGGAACGGGUUCCGGGAGUGGAAGUGCCGGCGGUGGCUCGACGAGCAGCGGGGGUGCUUCAGCGACGGUGGCGUUUAUGGAUAUCAAAUCCGCAGCGAAGGCUCACGCGACUGAGCACACCCUGGACGAACGAGCCCUUACAACCCAGUACUAUGAACCUCAACUUAUUCAGCACAGGUUUCCCACACACGGAAAUUCCGAGGAUCAUGGAACUAGCGUCAGCGUCAGUGUCGUCGGCAGCGGAGUCUCAGGUAACGCCGUCAACGUCGGUGUCAGCGAGCGAGGAGUCGAGAGAGUUAGCGAGGCUUUCGAGUCGCGUGUAUCCCACGGAAAUUUCUACACGGGGGAACGAGGUAACCGGGUGGAGCACUCGGUCGACCCGUCGACGGUUGAUCCAGUGGGUGGCUACAUACCCCGUAGUAGACCGACCCCAUCUGGUGGAUACCACGUGACGGCGCCCAGGGCGCGGGAACGGUUAUACCCACGUACAAGUUCGUACGUCACCGGUCCGCCGCCCUCGUCACAUCUAGAACGCCAUCGAGGUGCUAUCUCAAUGUCUUCUUGGCUUGGUUACGAGUCUGGAUCCACGAGGUAUAGCACUGGACCACCACAGCCAUCACCUGCAACCACUGAUAAUUAUCAAGAAGAAUCAGACAUACACCUGAACAUAAACUCACUCUCCACACAACUAGUUGGCCCGCCGUCAAUUAGGCCGUCGUGGGACAUACCAUCACGCUCUGCUUUUCUGUCAGGUGGUGGAGUUAAUAGCGGAGUCGGGGUUGGAAACAUCAGUAGCUGCGGUGGUGGAGGAGUUGGAGUCGGUAGCGGUGGCGGAGUCAGCAGCAGCGGCAGUGGCGUUGGUGGCAACAGCGGUUCAAUGAGACAGCACAAAAAACAGAGAAGAAAAUCACGCAGCGGUAGCAGUUCACCAAGUGGCUCAAGUCGUUCUGGUAGCAGUAGCAGUAGCCGAAGUAACAGCUCUGCUGGCAGUACCUCGGGUGACAGCAGUUCACCUGGCAGUUCACCUCAUCGCACUGGUAACGCUGCUGUCUCGGAAGACAGGAGGCCGUUGGCGAUAUGUGUAAGAAAUUUACCCGCUCGAAGUAGCGAUACCUCACUCAAGGAUGGACUUUUUCAUGAGUACAAAAAACAUGGGAAAGUUACUUGGGUUAAGGUUGUUGGUGCGGCAGGCGACAGGUAUGCGCUUGUUUGCUUCAAGAAACCCGAAGACGUUGAAAAGGCUCUUGAAGUAUCACACGACAAAUUAUUCUUCGGAUGUAAAAUUGAAGUCGCGCCUUAUCAGGGUUAUGAUGUCGAGGACAACGAGUUUAGGCCAUACGAGGCUGAGUUGGAUGAGUAUCAUCCCAAAGCAACCCGUACCCUAUUUAUUGGUAAUCUGGAGAAAGAUGUCACGGCGUCCGAACUCAAAAAACAUUUCGAGCCAUUUGGCGAGAUAAUCGAAAUCGAUAUUAAGAAACAAGGAGCUGUGUCGAGUUAUGCAUUCUGUCAGUACUCAGACAUCAGUAGUGUCGUUAAGGCAAUGAGGUCGAUGGACGGCGAACACCUUGGCUCGAAUCGCAUUAAACUCGGGUUUGGUAAAUCCAUGCCGACAACUUGCGUUUGGGUUGAUGGUAUUGGCGAGUGUGUCUCGGAAAAGUACCUGAAUAUGCAAUUCCACCAAUUUGGACCUAUAAAUCAAGUGGUAGUUGAUCGUGAACGAGGCCACGCGCUUGUAUUUUUUGAGCAAAUAAAUUGUGCUCAAACAGCGGUAAAAGAGAUGAGAGGCGCAUCGCUCAGAGGACGUCGACUGCAAGUUGAUUUUGCCUCGAGGGAGUGUCAAGAGACAUUUUAUGAACAUCUUGAACGGCAAGGUGUCACAGGCGAGAAGCCAUGGGAUUCUCGACCCUCACCUGCGGCGACAUUUGAUGUUGCGAGAGACAGGAGUUUCGAAGCAGCUGUUACGGUGCCCAAUGCAGGCAGCAGGUUUACCAGGUAUGAAACACCACCACGAGCGAGGACAGCGAGUUACUCACGUACUCCCGGUGGCGGAAGUACACCUGGUGCGAGUCCUGCUCAUCCCACUGCAAUGUCACGAACCAGCAGACGAUCCUAUCAAGCAGAUCCGUAUUACGAGGGUGACUAUACGGAGCCAACGUCCAGAAGAUUCAGAAGCUACGAUGAAUUCAGUCAGGGCAGCGGUGCGAGCCACGAUGACUACGAUAGCAGUGUCCUCGGUGACAGCAAACUCAAUGAUGAUGAUUUAUUGCCACCACCACGACGUCAUGCUAUUCAAAGUGUUGUGACAAGCGUCGAACCUCCAGUACCAUCCUCACUAUUAUUACCACCACCAGACAUACGUCAUCUGCAAAAAGAACGAGUGCAUUUACUCGAACAACUCGAGGAGUGUCACAGUAGCGGCGAUGAGGGAUUCGCACCCAAGAAACGACCGAAGCUCGACAGUUCAUCUGCGAUUCUCUGUGACGACGAUGAACCUGAAAUAGCUUCACUUCUCGUAACCUCUCACUCCGGUAGAAAGGGUAUGGAUGUACGUAGGGUCAGUGAUAGUAAAAUAAUUGUCCAUCAUAACACGCGACGUGGUAGCUGUGAAGGCCGGGGACCGGGUCCCUGUAAAAGACGACGAGAUACUUCUAGUAGACAUCACGAGCAUCAUGACAGUUCGCGACCUGGUACACCUCUUGUUGACGAAAGACCGGAAAAUAUCAUUCCAAGUGAACCGAGGAGGUUUCGAGAGCGCAGUCAAGAAGGUCCACUUUCUUUGCCGCUUCCGAGGUUCGCUGCACAGAUGAUGAAUAACAAUAAUACCAGCAAUAGCAAUAAUAAUAAUAAUAAUAUUAACAAUAAUAAUAAUAAUAGUAGUAAUAAUAAUAAUGUUAAUGUUAAUACUAGUAAUAACAGUAAUAAUAAUAAUGUUAAUAAUAAUAUUAACAACAACAACAGCAACAAUAAUAAUAUUAGUAGUGGUAGUUGUGUAAGAACAACUAGUGCACCAGCGUCCAAAGUAACAAGUCCAUCGUGUGCAGUGAGUUUGUCAUUAUCGGUACCUAGUCCAAACGCGGCACCUCAACCACCGGCUUCACCGCCGCCUCGUCACCCAAGCCCGAGCCCAACAAGUUCGGACAGUGAAACCGCGCCACAGUCGCCUAGUCUUGAAGAGCGAAUACGUUCGCUCGAUGAGAAAUACGAAAAGUGGUCAGGUUCACGUGCACUAAGUGCUGCCGGUAGUGAUGCAUUGGCUAAACUUGACGCAACAGUGUCUGAAAGAUUCAGGUUUCGUCCGACGUUUUUGGAUCUCGAGCUCCACGAAGUCCAACCUUCGGAUAUCGUUAAGUCAGUGUUGGCUAAAAGAAGUGUCUUUGAUGAAGAUUCCAAGCGGCUGGAAAAUUUCAGUGAAAAAUAUGAACCACGUGAAUUUACCGGUGUCACUGGAAUACCAUCAUCAAUAAUAAGUACCACGAGUUUAUCGUCUUCAUUAGCUAGUUGUAGUACCAGUAGUAGUAGUACGAGUAAUAAACCCAGUGUUGGAACUGUAACUGGAACUGUGACUGUGGCUGGUGCAGCAGGAGUAGGAGCAGCGGGAGUAGGAAUAGCAGCAGUAGGAGUAGGAGGAACAGUAGCAGGAACAGGAACAGGAGUACAAGGCUCGUGUAGUAGCGGUAAAGUUGGUUUGCAGUAUCCAUUCCCUAGUCAUCCGCCGGUACAGCAAUCCAGCAGUACAACAUCUUCCAGUAUUGGAAAUAUGGUUAUGCCUCCGUCAUCUGCUGUCAUAACGACAGUCGCAACUGGUACCACUCCAAUGACAACACUUGUAUCACCAUCACUGAAGACUGAUCCAAGAACAGCAGUACACAAUUGUGUACAUCCGACAACUGCGACUCCUAUCACACCUGGUACGUCAAUAAAAACUGCUAGUCCUGAAUUACCACCCGUCUCAUUGCCUAUGGGAUUUAAUAGCGGCACAGCGGCCAGUAUCAACAGUAGCUGCUUUGGUACAAUGACAUCUGCGAGUAAUAUCAGCAGUAAUAUUCCUCAACCACUUUGUGCAUCAACAGCUCGUACAAGUAAUGUUGGAUCUACCUCGUUGUCAUCUGGUACAACUACGUCAUUAUCCACGUCAACAUCGUUGUCGUCGUCGGCAUCGUCGGCGUCAGUAUCAUCAUCAAAUCCAGUAAUUAGUACAAUUGCAUUAGUCACCACUGCAACAACAACGAUAACGACAUCAGCAAGUAGUGACACUCGUCAUCAUCAUCAAACACUAAUCUCAUCAUCGUCGACGAAUCAUUCGACGUCGGUGACUAAUAAUAAUUCUAUUUCUUCCGCGUCGACGACGAUAAUAACGGCAACGGCAACAACAGCUUUAACAACUCCAACAACAGCAACGACAACAGUAACGUCAACGUCAACGACGGAUCCAUCACGUGUACGACAACGAAAAGAAGGCGGUAGUAGAGAUAGCAGAGAUUCGAGGCACAGUCGAAGUAAAGACGGCUCGAGAAAAAAUAAAAAAGAUGACAAUGAUAGUGAGAAAAAUCGUAAUAAAGAACGAGACGAUAAAGAUGAACGUUCGUUGUUAUUAUCGUCAACGUCAAUUGUUACUACGGCAACUGAAUCGUCGAAUGAAACGACGACAGACACCCACAAUAAAGACAUUAAGGAGAGUAAAGAAGCUCGUUAUGAACGUAAAGAACGAGAGGAACGUGAGAGGCGAGAUAAAGAAGAACGUGAACGACAGGAGCGACGGGAUAAAGAGGAUCGUGACAAACAAGAGAGAAAAGAACGUGAAGAAAGGGAGAGACGUGAAAAAGAUGAAGAACGUCGCGAAAAAGAAAGAUUGGAUAAAGAGCGCAGGGAUCGUGAAGAAAAAGAACGUGAAAGAAAAGAACGUGAAGAAGCGGAAGCCCGGGAAAAAGACAAACGUGAAAAAGAAAAAGAACGUUUGGAAAAAGAACGUAAAGAACGGGAAGAAAAAGAUAAACAGGAAAGACGUGAUCGGGAAGAACGUGAACGCAAAGAACGGGAAAUUAGAAUAGAACGUGAGAAACAGGAAAAAGAACGAGUUAAAAAAGAACGUGAGGAGUUGGAAAAACGGGAAAAGGAAGAACGUGAAAGGGUGGAACGUGAACGAAGACGCGAAGAGAAAGAAAGAAUUGAUCGUGAGCGCAAGCGUGAGAGGGAAGAACGUGAAAGACUCGAACGUGAGAGGCGGAAAGAAAAAGAAGAGCGCGAGCGACUGGAGAAAGAAAAACGAGAAAAAGAGGAGAAGGAUAAACUCGAGAGGGAAAAACGCGAGAGGAGAGAACGUGAGGAUCUGGAGAAGCGUGAAAAAGAUAAAGUCGAUCAUGCCAAGAGACGUGAUCGCGAUGACAAGGAUAAAGACACCAGCAGCAAACGCGAACGGGAUGAACGGGACACCAGACGACAGCCGAUGGAAAAUCAUCAGCACAUGGCCAAUCAAAAUCAAAACCAAGCUUCGUCUCCCGCUCCCGCGACCUUAAAACGACGUUGCUCCUCCCAAGAAACUCCUCAGGAAGAUGACACCGGCAAACGAAUGAAAAUAUCGGAACACAGGCGUGACAGCAAAGACAGACCGCGACAAAAUCGCAGAUCGGAAGAUCGUAAACAUCGUAAUGACUCACAUCGUACUAGUCGAGAGAGCAGAGAAAAUAGAGACAGCAAAGACUCCUCAACGUCAACUCAGAGUCAAGACAGUCGUGAGAGUCGAGAAACGCCAUUGCAAUCUCACGGCAAUAGCGAACUAACCAGCAAAGAUAUUAUUUCUUCCAGUCGUGACAUAAAAGAGUGUCGCGAAAAUCGUGAAAAUCGUGAUAGCCGGGAUAGUCGUGAGUCGAGGGAGAGUAGAGACAGUCGUGAUAAUAGAGAAAAUAAUCGAGAUGUUGUGAUUAGUAGUGGCGGUGGUGGUGGUAGCAGUAGUAGUAAAGACAAGCAGCGCAGCAAACGAAAUCGAUUGGAACGAAUGGAAAAAGAACAGCGUGAUCGCAGCCCACGUGUCUCUCAUGAACUUGACAAGGAAUUUCUUACGCGAAUAGAACUCGCCAAGAGAACAGACUCGAGUCCACCAAAUAAUCAGACCGGAUCUCAUCAUCACCAUCAUCACCAUCACCACCAUCAUCGUGACUCGUCUCAACGCGAACAUCAUCAUGUAUCUAUAAAUUUACACAGCGACAAUGAUGACGGACACUCGUCAAACCAUGAAAUGCAAACACGACAUCCGUCACACACAGACACUGACAGCGACGAGCCCAAGAAACACUCGAUAUUUGAUAUUGUCGACGACGAACCGGCUUACAUCAGUAUGUACGACAAAGUUAAAGCACGAUCGACUAAAAAUAUGCAAAAACUUGAGGAGGAAAAACGACAGGUCAGAUUGAAAGACAAAUUUUCACAGUUGAAACAAAGUCGUGCCAGAAGAGAAGAAAAGAAACAAAGUACUUCUUGGGACGGUGAUUCUGUCAGUAGUAAAGCACUUACUGAAGACGAGGGUACUUCUGAAUCAGAUUCAACUCGUGCCAAAUCUCUGUCACGUAAAGGCUCACGUUCACGCAUUCACUCAGAUACAAGUGAAGAAGACGAGUCGUUCAAUAAUAAAGUGCACAAAAUAAAAACUGAAAGAUUUCUUGAGAGUGAUGUUGACCUUGGGUUUGCAGACACUGAAGAGAAGCAUACGCCAACUGAGACCUCGUCAAUUAAUAACUUGCGUCCUGUUAAACAAGAGCCAAGAUCGUCGGACGAUGAUGAACGUAUGGCUGUGUCCUUUCCAUCAAAUCAUCCAGUUGUUAAUAAUCACCAGCGUGACUCGAGGAAAAAAUCACACAAGAAGAAACAGAAACGUCAAAAAUUGUCGAUCUCCAGUGAGGACGGCAGCAUUAAUAUUAAAAUUGAAUCACCAGACAAUAAUGAUCAUAAAAAUAAAAAUAUUAUCACCAGUUCUACUGACUGUCGCGUUAAUCAUGUUAAUGAUUCAACGACAGUUGCGUCUGUCACUUCAUCAACAUCAGUAACAACAGGAUCAGCAGCUGCAAAUGAGGCUACUGAAGAACGCAUACGAGCGGAGAAGAAACAGCGCAAUAAAAAAGAUAAAAGACGUGAAAGAACGAGUGAAGAUAAAGCGAAAACUCGUAGAAAAAGACUCAAUAGACAAGAGGCCAGAGAUUCACAACGUAUGGAAGAUAUUUUUGGUCCUCUGUCAGAUGAUGUUGAUGAUGCACCAUCAGCGCCGUUCUUCAAUCGUCUUGGGAAUUUACCAUCCGAAAAUAAUGCCUACGGCUCAGACAGCGACGGUAUACGCAGUCCUAUUUUGGAUGUAGACAGGGUGAGACGUAAAGCUGAAAAGAAACGUCGUCAUCAAAUUGAAGAUGAGAACAGCGUUGAUCUUGCAGAAGCUGGUCGUGAAAUAGAAGCAAACUUGCUUGGUUUACCCGUAUCACCAAAACCAGCAGUCGUUUGUAUGGAGAGCAAUGACCAUGACGUCUUUAGGUUUACUGACGACAAUGAUAGUAUUGAGCCGUCAACGCCCACGACAGCGCCGGAAAAAGUUAAAGAGAAGAAGAAGAAACGUAAGAAGUCCAAGGAGGAACGCAGUCGUAAAGAUUAUCAUCAUCAUCACCACCACCAUCAUCACCAUCAUGACAAAGCCGGUGCUUUGCCAUACCUGGGAGCUGAUCCGAGUCCUCCUCGUGCCAGCAGUCCGAUAUCACGCAAAUCGAUCUCUUCACCACCACCAUUACCUGUAUCACGUGAUACCAUUCUCAGUCCGAUUCCUAAAAAUCCGACGACAAUAUCAGCAAUUACAACCACUGUUACUUCUCCUCCAACUUCAACUUUAUCUUUGACUCUAGUUCCGACUUCCACAUUAACGUCAACGUCAACUUCAACAUCAACAGUAUCAGUUGUCACGUCAUCGACGAUAAAUGUCGGGUCAAAUAAAUCAGACAGCAAGAAAAAGGACAAAUUUAUCCCCGGUUUUGGUAUGGAUAUCGACGAAAAAAUUCACGAGAAUGCUGUCAAAAGUAUUUCAGAACCCGAAGAACGUGAAAGUGGUCGUCUAUCUGGCGCAGGUAAUCAUGAACCAGAAGUACCAGCUCCUGUUACCCCGCCACCACAAGCUGAAGACAAACCGCGAGUUGUUAUUUCGCAAGAAGAGACUGAAGACGCAGUGGCUGCUCUACUCGAAGAAACAUUCGGCGGCUCUACGGAAGACUUUUCUUACGAGGGCGAUGAAGAAGAGCCAGAAGGUGACGGGGCAAGUGUACCACCGUCAGACGCGCCACCUCAAGAAGACGUCGAGGAAAUGCAGCAAGCUGUUGAAAGUCUCAAUGCAUCAACUGGCGCUGAGACCGACGCGGAUUUGAAACCCGAUACACCUCAGAGUGAACAUGACUUGCAAAUAGAUACUGACACUGAAGAAGAUCCUAAUUAUGAGUCAUUUGAUUUAACUCAGCCACCAAAGACACCAGAUAUUCCAUCAUUCUAUAAAUCGCCAGUUAAUAAACAGCAGCAGCAGCAGUCGAUUGUUGCAACAACAACUACAACAAUUGCAACAACACCAUCAACAACAACAACAACAACGACGACGACAACAACAACAAUAACACCAACAACAGAAAAGAGUACAGCAAAUUGUACACCAGCAACUGCACCUGUGUCAGUAAGAUCACCAAGUCCACAACCUCCGGUAUCAUCAUCAGUUAUCUCGCAUUCGUGGCCAGAAGACCACAAACCCGUGAUAACUCCGUCUCCGCAAACCGAGACUACAGAUAAUAACACGGAAGCAAAUAAAAAAGACAGAUCAUUUGUAGGUCACGAGGUCUUGGCAGUCAAGUCCCCGCCAUCUCCAUCAGGCCAAUACAAGCAACCGAUGCCUUGUAGUUUGCCAAUAAUCAGUGAAGCGCCGAGAUUAUCAGCAGCGAGUCCGCGACCUCCUCCGGUAACUUCAGCUCAGCAGCAACCUCUUUACCAGAGAUUACCAGUUGCUCUCCAAAGUCAAAUGGUACCGCCGUUACGGCAAACACCUCCUAGAAUGUCGGUCGCAGUUACGACAGCAUCCUCGCCAUCGGUAACAGCACCACCAACAACAGUACCAUCAUCUCUUGUAGCUCAAUCACGUUCAUCAGCGAUACCACCGCAGCCAUCAUCCCGUGUAUCUCAAACGCCUUUGUCACCAAACGGUCAGUGGUCGAGAAAUAUGCCAAUGAGUUCACAUCUUUCUCACGGUAUCAAAACAUCUUCGACAACAUCCUCGAGAAUUCCCGUCAGUGUGCCACUGACGACUCAUCGACCAUCGGAUAUACCGUCACAGCACAUUUACUCAACGGCAGCAAGCCAGCAACCGGUUAUACAACACGCACCGGGAAUGCGAGCACUGGCACCAAGUUAUCCACGUGGUGGUCUUCCACCAUUGACAUUAAAUAUUCCACCGCGUCCUUACAUGCCAGUACCGCCGCUGAUAUCGGGAAUACCUCGGGAGUCUGGUAAACCGCGAGAUUCAAUGGCAUUUGGCGGUAAAUCCGUUAUAGAGACACUAAUACCAGCUCAUCUUAAUGAGUCACCACAACGAUUAGACGAACCCAAAUUGUCACCGGCUAUCAUACCUGAGCCAACAAACAAAGCGUCGACGUCACCAAAGGUACCAUCACCCAACCAACCACCGACUUUCAUUCCCGAGACUGCUAAAAUAGAAAUAAGUGCGAGUACAUCAACUCCAGCUAUUUCUAAGUCAUCUAUUUCUACUGUCGAGAGUGUCGUCUUAUCACCAAGACACCAGAAACAGUUACCGUCUAACACUAAUAGUGUGGAAAGUGACUUACUGUCACCGAAACAAAAACAAGAGCUCACGAGUGUUCAUUUACUGACGACUCAUCCGCCUCACACGUCAGCACCAAGCCCAGUUAUUGUCGCACAUGGUCAGCAUUUGGUCCACAAGUCAGUUGUUCAUUCACUAGUACCAACAACUGUUUCGCAACCUAAUCAACCAUUAAUUAAAACCGUUGUACCAAUUGUCAGCCAAUUUUCACAAACGUCACAUGACAAAGUACUGACUACUGUUGCUCAACAAAUUCAUCAACCAGUUGGACUGUCAUCUGCCCAACAGCAGCAGCAGCAGCGACAACCAAUACCACCAAUAUCACAAGGAGUUUUACUUGUAAAACCACACAUACCACUCGUAUCAACAGUCUCACAGUCACUGACCACUCGUGUUUCAACGUCAAAUGUUACGUCUCUUUCUACAAUUGGUCCUGUGUCUUCACCGCAAUUACAGCAGCAACAGCCGCAGCAACAGCAACAGCAACAUCAACAUCAACAGUCUAAGACACCUGAACAUUUACCAGAGCGUCAAGAAAGAUUUACAGAUAUUACUAAAAAUAAAAUAGAACCAAUAGAAAAUUUAUCAACCGUCCAACCAACUAAAUUUAUAUCUAGUAAUUUAUCAUCAUCUCAAUCUCACGAUGUGCUGAAACAAGAAGACAAGCCUAGUGUCAUCGAUCUUCCUAAGAUUAAACAAGAACAAGAUAGUAAACCAGCUCAAGUUGAACGGCAGUCUGAUAUCACUGAUGUUAAAAUAAAACCAGAUAAAUUUGACAAUGAAAAAACUGAAACGGUGUCGUCUGUUGCUCCGGUUAAUUUGUCGGAGCCUGUGGUGCCUAAAGUUGAGGCUCAGGCAGUCACUGAAACUCCGAAAGAAAUAAAACGCGAUGAGGAAGAUGAGGCGCCGAAGUGUGAAGAAGAUGAAGAAGAUGCUGCUGAUGAGGCGCGAGAAUCAAGUAACGAUCCUCUGGCUAUCGACAAUGCGCGGGAAGAUCCAGCAGACAGUAAAGAAGACAGCGAUUACUGGUCAGCUAAAGAAGUUAAUAUUGAGAGCGUAAUAAAAACAGUUGAUGCGCUGUGCGACGGCGAGGGUAAUGACAACGAGACCCAUGACGAGGAAGACAGUCAUCAUGACCAAGAGACAAAUGGCGAUCCUCAGGAUACUAGCAAAAACGAGGAUUGGCCUGACACUGAGUCAACUGAAGGUGACAGCAAGAAAGACUUUUCAACUAAUGACGAUCAAGACGAAGGAGUGGAAACAUCUUGCGAAGUUGAGUCUACGCGUUCUCGUCGCGUAAGAUCUAAAACUCGUCGUGGUGGUGGUCGUGGCGGAGUGUCAGCACGGCGUGUAAAUAGAACAGCGACUUCCGGUAAACGAGGUGGUCGUACACCACGUAAUAGCAAACAAGAAAAGAAUAAAUUACCAGCAGAUGUCUAUGAGUUCCAUGAUGACAGUGAAGAAGACAAUGCCGGUCGUCCAAGACUUAUUCUCACAAUAAAAUCACCUGGACCUACUGUUGCAGCUGGACCUAAUGCUCCAGCACCUCAACCUGUAGCAGCUGUCAAAGAAGUUGCUGCUGAAGAAUUUGUCUCACCUGCAACGAAUACCCGUAAGUCUAAACGAUUGGCUGAGAAAGACGGGAGUAGAUCGACUGUUGAUGAUACCAUUGAAGAUGUUGUGCGUGGAUCAGCUGCUAACAAGGCUUUACUUGCUGCUGGUGUUCAUGCUACACGAAGAAGUACCAGACAUAAUAAUGGCUCGAAACCACUGCAGCCACAGCUCACGAUAAUGGAGACCAGAAAAUCACGUGGCGGUCGCAGAACAUCGCGUAGGACUUCGGAGAAUAAUGAAGACAGUGGCGAAGAAAAAAGUAAAGACUUGAUAACGACUGCAGUAACGACACCAGCAGCGCCAGCAACAUCACCGCCUACGUUAGCACCAGCACCAGCACCAACACCAGUAUCAGCACCAGUAACAACAACGACAGCAGCAACAACGCGUGACACAACCAAUGAAACUGAUGCGACAAGUGCUGCUGCUGCUAUUACUGACAAUAUCAUCAAACAGGAGCCAGCUAAACCAUUGCAACCUUCAUUGGUACAAAAAUCAUCAACAUUAGAACCAAUGACUCUGAUUGAUCCUGUCACGGGAAUGCUCAUACCCAUGAGAGAGUCUGAAGAGGGUCAAUAUAUACCAGUUUCAACGGCAUCUGGACAAAUUCAAAAUAUUCCUCGAAGUAUGAUCGAAACUCGGACAACAACAGCUGACAUUAAAUCUGCUGCUGAAAAAUAUCCGCCAGCACCACAGGUACCAUCAGCCGUGCACCCACGAUCUGUCACUGAAGAAACUAAAGCUAAAGCUAAACCUAAACCUGGACCUGGACCGGAAGUUACAGCGCCUAGUCUAGAACCCGCAGAUUUGAGCCAACCAUCAAAAACUCAGCCAAGUGUGAUAACAAAAUCUCAGGCUCCAGCUCCAGCUGCCCAAGUGACGUCUUCAGCAGUAAUUCAGUCAACCAUAACACCACCGACUGUAUCAACUCCAGUCUUGACUACUCCACCAACAAAUCUAGUGGUUACACAGCCUCAGAUAACGACAACCCAGUGCAAACCAACUAGUCUGAAGGCGCACGUGCUGAAUCCAAGUAAAUUAGCAAGUACUCCAGUUGCUCAGCAAAUAGUUGUCUCCAAACCAAUGAUGACUGCCAUGCCAACUCAGCCAGUGGUGCAGAAUAUUAUAAAACAACCUAACCAAGCUCUCCAGGGACUACGGUUACAAAUUCCUCCAGGCAGAGUUGCUUCCCCUAGUCUGAGUCCACGUGCUAAGCAGCAGAUUCAAAUCAACAGUGCCAAUGGCAAGCCUGGACAGCCUAUGUCACCUGUUCUUAACAGUUCAAAUAUCCCACCUAAUCCUAAGCAGCAUCUUCUGCAAGCUGCUAAACAACAGCAACAUCAGCAGCAGCAAGCGCCGACAAUUGUCAACAUGCAACAAAAAAUGGGAAUUAACGUCCAUCCGAGUAACGUGGCAACGACACCAGUCCAGCGGAUCCACAAUCCAGUAUCUCAGCCGACGAAUCUUAAAGGCAUAAAUGGACAAAGUCAUCUACCGAAUCCGAAAGCUCAUCUGCUCCAAGCAGUCGUGCCGACGAUAAUGAGCGGUGGAGUUGCAAGUCCGCCUACUCAGCCUCACAUUAUUGGAGCACAGGCUGUUGUAUCAGUGGCGAGUUGCUCAAGACCUGUAUCAGCUAAACCACAAAUCGCUGGAAUGGAACCACCCAAGGUUGAAGUGUCAAUGUCUGGUUGCAUUAUGGUACCAAAUGCCAGUCCAGGUCGUGUUCCAGUUGGUGUUCCCUAUGAACCAGCAUUGCAUGGACCUCCAGGAGCUCCGUCACCAGGAGGUCAGUACGGGCUCGUUCCGCCACAUAGAACUCAGAGCCCUCCGUUACCUCCGCCUGCUCAUCAUCAUACUAAUGCUUCUCAGGGUGAUGUUGUCAAUCAUUACGGUGGAUUAUCAAGAGCCGGUGAAUUACCACCACCUUAUAUGCAUCCUCUUCAGUAUCAGUACUUGCGUGCCCAACAAGAGGCAGCAUUAACAACACCGCGAAUAGCUUAUCAUGUACCCGAUGCACGCUCACCUCAUCUACCUUUAGAUCCUAAGAUGGAGGCAAGCGGUGAAGAGAGUCAUAGCCCACCCUUGGAACUGAUAAGAGCCACCAGAACCCCUCAUGACCGUACCACAGACAGUCCACAAGUGGCUCAAGUCUACAUGAUGCACGGUGUUCAGCGGUUACCAGCACCUCCGCAGUACAAUACCACGAGUAAUCCAGUUUUUGCUGGCGGGCCAACGGGCGCUCGCGGUCCGUACUAUGAACCACCACCGGCGCACAUUCGCUCGCAGUAUCCAAUGGCUGCAAGUGAAGCUACAGAGCGUGCAUUGACACCCGAUCGACACAGAAAACAUCAAGUAGCAACACCACCUCAUGCUUCACAAGUUCCACCUCAAGCGGAUUCACUUCUUAUGCUUUUACGGCGGUAUCCUGUUAUGUGGCAAGGUCUGCUUGCUUUGAAAAAUGACCAAGCUGCUGUACAGAUGCAUUUUGUAUUUGGUAAUCCCAGUGUCGCCCAAGAUAGUCUUCCACAUAACAGUGACAGAUCAACUCCGCCGUUAAGAAUCGCACAGAGAAUGAGACUUGAACAGACACAAGUUGAUGGAGUUGCAAGAAAGAUGCAGACGGACAAUGAACAUUGUAUGCUACUGGCAUUGCCUUGUGGACGUGAUCAAAUGGACGUUCUUCAGCAAAGUAAAAAUCUUCAGACUGGUUUUAUAACUUAUCUACAACAGAAGCAGGCCGCUGGUAUUGUAAAUAUUGCGGCGCCGGGUUCACAACAGCCCGCAUAUGUAGUCCACAUAUUUCCAUCAUGCGACUUCGCCAACGAGAGCUUAGCGCGAAUAGCACCGGAUUUACUGCAUCGAGUAGCUGAGAUUGCGCACUUGGUCAUCGUAAUAGCCACAGUUUGAGACAAAACUACAGAUCAAUCAACAUGCGUGAUCUUGAUACAUAUUUAUUAAAUUUGUUAAUCGUCAUCGUCGACAUUAUAUCUCUAAAAAAUAUUUUGUUGACUACAGACAAUACGCACCUCGUAAUUGAUUUAUAAUUGUAACGCGAGGCAUGAAGCCUACGCCUGCAAAUUAUCACAAUCAUUGUGCGUUCAAGACAAAAACCCGAAUUUGACAUUUAAAAAAAAAAGAAUAACAAUUAUGAGACAAUUAAUUGCUCUCAAUUACACCGUUUGACAAUCACACACGAGAACUGGCUUAAGUUAUCUAGGAUUGUACAUCAGAUUGUAACUCCUUUGAAAAAAAAAAAAACAAAAUAUUAUUACCAUAGGAUGGACGGGGCUGUGACGCGGGGGAGGUUAGCACGGUGUAAUUAUUAAUUAAAUCCUUGCGUUCCUCUCCACAAUAAUUUUUAUAUUUGGGCAUAAUCAGUCUCCCGAGAUGUUAAUUUUAAAAAAUAAAAUUUAAAAAUGCCUGUUUCAAAAUACGCGAGUUGUGUUUGUGGGAACGACCGACUUCACUCUUGGUCUCUCCGACAACCUGACUCGGUAACCACACCCCCAUCCUACCCUAUUAAUUAAAUAAAUAUUAAUAUUAAUAUUAAUAAUAAUAAUAACAAUAUUUUUACUCCGACAUGUGACAGAGACAAUUUUGUUUAUUUAAUUGUCUACUAUAAGUUAUCCGCACUUGUUCCUAUGAACACAAACAAGAAAAAAAACAACAUUAAAUAAAAUACAAUGUAUACCUUCCUAAUUGCACUAUGCGGAUUUUAGAAAAACUAAAAUUAAAAAUGAUAAAUUAAUCAAUAUAUAAACGAGUUUAAUUUUUAAGGCUUAGACUAUAAAUAUUGUAUAAAUAUAAGGAGCCAGCGAAGGCAUGACUACUGUGAUUUUAAUUAUUUAACGAUAUCUGCAUAAAAAAUGAAAACAAAAAAUAAUUAAAAAAAAAAAAAAAAAAAAAAAAUGAUAAAAAAAAAAAAGAACAGAAAAAAAAGUGACCAGUUGAAGUCACGCGAUAUGUGAUGUGUUUUUGUAUAAUAAUAAUUAUAAUAAUUAUUAUCUUAUUAUACAUAUUAUAUAUAUAUAUAUAUAUAUAUAUAUAUAUAUAUAUAUAUAUAUAUAUAUAUAUAUAUAUAUAUAAAUAUAUAAAUAUGAAUAUGAAUAUGAAUGUAUUAUAUUAAUUGUAACAAUAGUUGCUGCCGCCGCCGAAGCCGCUGCCGCUGCUCCUGUCAAACUAGAAAGUGAAAAUGAUUAAGUUAAAAUUAGUUAUUAAAAAAUAUAAAAUAAUAAUUAUAAAAACAAAAUAAAUAAUUAAUAAUUAUAAUGAUAAUGAUAAUAAAUUCCUAUUUAAAAUUAAUGUAGACAUUUAAUGUGAAAAUAAUAUUUUUUUUUUAACGGAUUACCUUUAUAGGAUUUAAAUCUUUAGUGUAAAAAAGUAAAUUCCUUUAGCAGGAUGUACCAUAUUGCGAUUAUAAUUAUAAUUAUUAUUAUUAUUAAAACUAUUAUUAUAAUUGAUAAUUAUAAUUACUCUUAGCUGUACAUUAUCAAUUUAUAAUAUUAAUUACUAUUAAUUAAAAAUUCUUUAUUCUCAUUAUUAGUUAUUAAUUAAUUAUUAUUACUAUUAUUAAUUAUUAUUGUUCAUUAAUUAAACAUUCAUAUUAUUGCCUAAUGCUAUUGCUGCUGCAAUUAAACACUACGCUCCUACCACUACUAUGCUACGAUUAUAAAACUUCUUACCACUAUAAAAAAAAAUAAUAAUAAUUAAAAAAAAAUACUAUUUCUAAUACUACUAUCAGCUACUACUUUACUAUUCUUACCGCAAUCGAUUAUUAUUAAUGUUAUUACUCAAGCUCUUAGCUAGUUUACGUAUCGAUUUGCAAGAACAAAAAAACAAACAAACAAAAACUAUAAUAAUAGUAAUGAUAAUAAUAAAUUAUUAUUUUUAAAUAAAAUAUGUAAUUAAAGGGCUUAAAAAAAUUGUCAUACUUUAAGGUAUGAUCGAUCUCAAUGAGCAUUGACGCCGCCCUAUAUUUACUUCCACCCGCGUUAAUUAAUUGAAAGAAAAAAAAUUAUUAUUUUAUUUAAUAGUGCGACUGCACUCUAAUUUUUUUUUACUUUUAUUAUUAUUUUUAAAACAACGCGUCAUUAAAAAAAGAGGGUUUGCAAUUUUUUUAGACGAACGCAAACCCGGAGUUGAUGAGCAAAAAAAUAUGAGUGUAAAUGUAGCAGACAAAUUUAUAAUUAUAUAUAAAUAGAGUAAAUAAUUUAAAAAUUAAAUUUUAAAAAAACGCGCGCUUAAAAAAUUUAAAAAUUAAUUAGUGCAUUUUUUAAAAAUAUUUUUUUUUUAAUUAUUUACUCAAUUUAUUUAUAAUUAUAAAUUUAACUGCUAUAUUCACAUGUAAAAAAUGAUUAAUUAUUAAUUUAAUGAAAAUUAAUAAUGUUAAUUAAUAUUACGAUAUUAUGCUUCUGCGCGUAGGCGCACGCCUUUAUAAAUAAAUUAUUUAUAAUUUUAAUUUUUAAUGAGCGAUGGGCGGUAUUGUAAUUUAUCAUUUAAUUAUUUUGUUUUUUAAAAAUUUUUUUUGUUGACAUUUUAAUAAUUUUUUAUUUAAUAAAAAAAAAAGCAUUUAUGUAUAAAGAUAAUUAAGACUUGAGUGCGAAUAGAUGUUUUUAAUUGCAAACUGAUUCUCCCGAUGAAAAAAAAAAAUUUAAUCAUUAAUUAAAUUAUAAAUAAUAAACUAAAAAUAAUGCUCUUACACUUUUUUAUAUAAUUAAAAUAUUGAUAUAAAUUUAAAAAUAAAUAUGUAAAUUCAUUUGUUGGUUGCAUUAAAUAUUUUCACGCUCGUAAUUUAAUAUCGUGGUAAAAAUUAACAUACAUUUUAUACACGAUUAUUAUUGUCUUAUAAAUGUUAAUACAAGAAUUAUAAAAAAAAAAAAUCUAUAUAUAUAUAUAUAAAAAUAAAAUUUUCAUAUUUAAAUAUACGAACUAUCGGGAGUUCCAGUUGGACAAUAUCGAGAUACUUAAAAAUAUAAAUAAAAAAAAAAGUUAUUGAAUAUAUAAGUAAAUAAAAAAAAUUAACGCGCUCAUGUCUCCGUAGUUAAAAAAAAUAAAAAUAACAGAGACAAAAAAACAAAAAAAAAAUAAUUGUGUAGGAAAACGAGUUAAUAAAUUCCUAAAUAAAUAAAUAAAUAAUGUUUUAUGACAAUGGUAAGUGUAAUUGAUAGUCGAAUGGUCAUAAAUAUCCUGCCCAUCCUUAUAUAAAAAUAUGAACAAAUAAUAAAUAAAAAAAAGAAAAAAAAAAGUUAAUUAAAAUAAGGCAGCGCAGAUACUCGUAGAGCGUAUGCGUGUACAGUGUAAAAGAUGCGUUGUUCAUAUGUACAGUAUAUAGAAGUAAAAAGUAUAUAAUAAUAUUUAAGGAUAAAAUAAUAAUUAAAAAAAAAAAAAUUAUAUAAAAUAAUGAAAAAAAAUAAUAACAUAUAUUACAGUUAAAUAAAUAUUAAAAUAAGGAUAUCUGGUGACGGGGCUCACACAUGCUGUCUAACGAAAACUUAUUUCGAAAUUAUUAUUUUUAAAAGCUUAGAUAAAAAAGAAGUAAUUUUUUAUUUUGAGUUUUUAGUUUUACUUUAUUUAAAAUAAAAAUAUUAUUAUUUGAAUUAUAAACGCAGUGUGUGGAGGCCCUCAGCCUUAUCUAUCUUGUAUAAUAUCUGUGAAUAUUAUGGUUUAAUUUCGUCCUAUCUUAGGCUACUGAUAUGCAAAAAAUAAAAUAAAAGUUUACGUUAAUCACAUAAGGACAAUGUACAGAUAUCACUUUUUUGUUUUGUGUUUUGCUGUAGUUAUUGAUAAUUAUAUGGAUAUUAAUGAUAAUAAUAACUAUGAUUAAAAAAUUA